UUCUGCUGAUGCUGCGCACGAAGGUUUUUGUGAUCAGCUGUUUGUGGUUUGUGAAAUAAAUCAAUUAUUUUCCAUAUUUGGUAAAAGCGUCUUGUGAUUUCUGUGUACAAAUCCAAGUGUGUUGAUGUCACAUAGUUUAUGACAUUGACACUAUACCCAAAAGUGCAAUAAAUCAUUAAAAUUCAAUGUUCAUUUUGCGAUAAGUACAAAGAUUAGUUGAAAAUGGCACAUUCCUCGCAAGGAAUUUACUCGCCUUUGCCCCAAUCAAUAAGCGACUCCGACUCUGAGGAGCUUCACAUGGACGCUGUAUGUCCCAACUAUGUAAACAAAAACGUGCAAAACGGCAAUAGUUUGGACCACAAACGCAAAUUCCGCAACAAUUCUGCAAAUUUCAUUCAACUUGGAGAUGAUCUACUUCACAUUAAACGGGGGAGUCCUAGGAUGUCCACUCUGCGCAAAGCGGCUUUCGUUUUAUCAAUAAUUCUCUGUUUGUUGCCUAUUAUUGUAUUUCUCUUCUUUAUACCCUGUUCUGUCUCUCAUACUUGUCCAAUCAAAACCACCAACUGGGAAAAUAAGCAAGAGGAUGUUGAACUGAAGGGCAAAAUAAACCUAGUGCAAGGUAUAAACCAAAAUCACUUGAAUCUUGCAAUUUUAUUUCAAGGCGAUAUUCGUUCCCCAAAGGUGCUAAAAAACGGGGCGAUUUCGUUCUUAGGUAGUAGCGGAAGUGUGGCUUGGUAUUUUUGACAGGAGGUUGUUCCUAUCAAGUUAGAUUGUUCUUUGAUUGAUGUUGAUGAUAACGGUAUUAAUGACUGUCUGCUUCUUGAUGAAAGAGGCCUGAAAGCAAUUGAGACCAUAUCGGGACAGGGGAUUUGGCACGCGCACAGCCAUGAAGAAAGAACAACAAUCAAUCAUUUAGACUUUCCCGUCAAAUUGCCUGAUUACAACUCUGACAACGUGAAUGAGUUGAUCUCAAUUUAUAAGAGGAGAAGUCUUAUGAUUUUCUGUGGUCGCUCGGGGAAGGCCCUCAAUAACAUCCCUGUUGAUAAUUGCAAUGAAAUUAAUAAUCUGCAAAGUAGGGACAAUGUUCUUGUUUUCGCCUGUUUGCGUGAUGAUUUUACCGAGAAUGUGAAAAUAUCUCUUGAUGAUAUAAAAAGAAGAUACGGUAAUACAUCUUUUGUGAUAUUGCCGGUAAAAGACGACUUUACAGACGGUGACCGGAAUAGUUUCGUAGUCGGAAAUCGCAAAUUACUCGUCAAUAAUGUCGGUAUUUGUCCCAAUUGUCGUGCAAGUAUUGAAUUAAUUGACCUUAAUACGCGAAAAAAGCAGACUUGGUAUUACAACAACGCUUCCGUUUUGAAUCCCAAACUAUUUCAUUUUCAGGCGACCAAAUCGAAUUUACAGUUGUUUAAAGGUCACAUAACUGGUUUCAUUUUGAAAAUUUGGCAGUGGAUAGAUACGAAUAUCCCGGAUAAGAAAUUAAUGAGGUCAUCAGAAUCAAAAAGACACGCUUACAGUUCAAAAAAUGCCUCUUAUGUCACGAAUACUGUAACUGAAAGGGUUGUAUUGAUUACGUUUAAUGAGAGUAAUGUUCAUGUUAUUAAUGCUAGUUUGAUUGAGGUAACUCAGUUGUGUGUUCCGUUUUAUGAUGACUAUAUUUGUCAACCUGACUUGCACAGUCAAGAGAAUUCGAUUCUGGUUGGUGAUUUGGACCAAGAUGGGAGUCAAGAAUUGAUCAGUUAUUCGAGUAGUUUUGUUAAGAGAGAGGAUAUACAGGACUGGUUGCUUAUUUCAAAUAUUACGGUAAUUCGUUUAGAAGCCGAGUUACCCAAAUUGUAUGAAGAGAAGUAAUUGUGGCACAUAUAAUACACUAAUAUACUAUUUUGCUAACAUUUUAACCAGCUGAUUAAUCUUAACACCAAAGAUUUGGGUUUUGUACUUAACACUGGAGUAAUAUAUUGUGUUUUUCGUCACGUUUUACUAUUAGAUCUACUGUGAGACUAUUUAAUAUAAAAUGUACUUGUCCUUGAGGAAUUUUUAAAAAUGUAACUUAUUUAUGUGCCUGUUGACACCACUAAUAAUUAUUACUAUAAAUGAAUUUGUCCGUUUUAAGAAAUUUAUUUUUGUUAGUGUGUGGACAUAAAGCAAAAGUACCAUA